GUCAGCUCAGGUCGGGCCGCUGCCGUGGCCACUUUGGCUCAAGCCACUUGGCUCAAGAUUUGGCUCAUCUUUUGUGACGGGCAAGCAGCGCGAUAACCGGCUUACAGUUCGGAUAUCUUGUUGCGCGCCCAAUGGUUGCACUGGACAUGGCUGUCCCUGGGGCAACGUCCACCGGUACCAUCUACUGCAUUGCGGGUGGCACCCGAGGCGAUCAGCAGCCGCUUAUCAUGACAGCCAAACGUCUUCAGGCCAUGGGAUACAGGAUCAUCGUGUGCAUAGGCGCUGAGGGCACGGAUUGGGUCAAGCAGUGGGGAUUCGAGAUGAUCGAGUUUGCCUCGUUCGAGAAGGUGGUCAACGAAAACCAGGCUGUGCGAGCGGCCGCUGACUCUGGCAACUUCACCGACUUCUUUGAGGCGUUAGGCAAAAGCGUGAAUGAUAGUCUUCCUCAGGAGAUCACCGCAGUCUACGAUGCCAUCACUGCAGACAAGACCGCCGUUGGCGUCGUGUGCACCAGCAUAUAUUGGCACAUCGCAACUAUUAUGCAAAAGAAGCUAGGCAUCUACGGCACGUCCAUGUUCAUGUCUCCCUUCUUCCCGACCUCGGAUUUUGCACCAUACAUGAUCGAUACCCGCGAUCCCGCUACAUGGCAAUCUCUCGGCCCGCCGUUUGAUACCAUGACCGAGCCGCCCGUAUGCGCUUACGUGGACUUGUGGUCCGCCAUGCUCAACAGUAUGACACAAAAGUUCCUGCCUGCAUAUAAGCAAGCUGUGCAGCUAUGUAAUGCGGAAGGGCUUUUUGAAUUCGCAUCGGACGAGGAGGCGAAGGAGUAUUGGAUUGAGCAGCGUCUCAAUGGAGAGCAUUCUGAGUCCAACCCCCUCUUCGUUUAUUCGAAGGUGCUUGUCGAGAACGGGCCAAGUGGUAUCACGCAAAAGCAGUUUGACGCACAGCUAAGCUUUGUGUUCGACGAGAAUUCUAACACUCUGCAAACGUCCAUGUCGCCCUUCGACGACCGCAUGCAGGCAUUCCUCAAGGCGGGGGAAGCUCCGAUUUACUUUGGCUGGGGCUCGAUGUCCCGCGAGAGCAACGAUGAGCUGUUGCGCGCGGCCGUCGGCUCGUGCAGGAGGUUGGGCAAGCGGGGCAUCAUUCUUGGUGGCUGGGCCCACCUGAAUUUGGAGAUGCUGGACACAGAGAAAGACGCCGACCUGAUCGCGUACUGCAGCGCGGGUAACAUUUACUUCGCCGAGAAGGCCAACCACAUCCUCCUAUUCCCUGAGUGCGCCUGCGCCGUUGUCCACGGAGGCAUCGGCACCACGGCGUGCAUCCUGCGUUCGGGCAGGCCUGGCAUCGUCACGCCCUGCUGGUGGGACCAGAACUUCUGCGGCGACCGCCUGGAGGCGCUCGGCGUCGGUCGCCGAGGGCCGCACUUCUCGAAGCUGGACGAGGACAACCUGAGCGCGCUGCUCGGCGAGGUGCUGUCCGAGCCCAGCUAUGCCGUGACCUGUCCCAGGGUUCGCGAGGCACUGCUGGCCGAGGAGCCUGGCGACGUGCAGGCCGCGGCGAGGAUCGAUGCGGGGAUCAGGGCCAGGCUGGCUACGCCUCUCGAGAGGCCGCCCUCGCUCAAGCACCGAGCGUCCGUGCCGCCGAGAGGGAGCCAGCAGUCGCGCACGCUACUGGCCAGCAAUCGCGCAAGCAUGCCGUCGAAGAGGGGCCUCGUGGUGGCCCAGUGAGGGGCUCAAAGGGAGGAGGAGGGGGUGUCGGUGUGGCGGAGGGGGAGGGGGAGGAGGAAGUGGUUGCAGCCAGUGGAGGUGGGCCACCUGCUGCAAGCUUCAGGACAUCCGCACGGGUUCGCGCGGUCCUCCUGAGUCCGCGGGCGGGGAUCCUGGAAUUGGAUACGGUGUGCAUGCUGAUGCGUUUUCCCAGGGUGUUGGCAGUCCCUCGCACUUUUCCUGAUAUCUCCACAGCUGGUCACAGAAGUUGCGCAGCCAAUAGAAAUUAUUUUGCGAGUCGCAUGCCGUUGCGAUUACAGUUGGGCGAGUCUCUCCUCCCAGUCCUGUGUUAGGGACCCAGAUGAAGCCGCGCUGCCGCACUGCCUCGCGUGUCCGCCAGUCACCCGUGCGCGUCCGAAAAGAAA